CCCCAAUCCAGUCCAGUCCGUCGGUCUGUCCCUUUCUGUCAAACUGUCAAGUCGUCCGUCAAUCGUUGUACUUUACGUUGCCUGUUUGUGUUCGUCAAUUAUUUUUAAUUAAUUUAAAUAUUUAGCUACAUAACUACUUUCGGACAUUCCUUAGUUAUUCCCAUUUAAAUUAGCUCUAUAAAUUUGUAUAAAUAACGAACAUUCAGUGUGUUUUGUGCUAUAAAUACAAGUGCUCAUUGUCUGUGAAGGGGGUUGAUGAAAAGCGGUAAAUAGUAUUAAAGUGUUUGUGAACCGUUCGUAUUUUUCAACAGUGUAUUGUGUACCUAGUGUGGUUGAAAAAUAAAUAAGUGCAUCUUUUUUAUAUUGUGGAUUGCAUAUUGAACUACCAGGAGAGUGAGCCGGCUGAUAUUGGUUGGUGUAAGAAGUUGUUUAUCGUCGAUGGAUUUCUAACAGAGUGUGCUUGCCCGCGGCCCGCAAGAUGAUGGUGGAGACGAUGCUCGAGUCCGCCCAGGACUUUGGCAUGUCGAACGGUGCCUUGCCACAAUGGAAGCGGGAGCUGCUACAGCGUCGAGCGGCGCGCAGCCGGCCCGCGCCGCCGCCCGCGCAGCCGCCGCCGCCGCCCGGCGACCCCGACGACGAGGAGCUGCGCUACGGGCCCGGCAUCGUCAAGCGGCUCAAGUCGCGCUACCUCAGCCUCGCGCUGCGCGACGCGCCUCGCCGCCGGCCCUCCGUGCUGCGCCGCGCCGCCUCGCUCGAGCACCUGCUGGACGAGCGGCCGCCGCCCGCGCCGCGCCCGCCCGCGCGCGCCCCGCGCCCCGCCUCCGUCGCCAUGCCGCCCGCCACCGGUGGCUUCUCUUUCCGCCGCGAGUCCGUCAAGCGAGCUCGAUCCGUCGACGCCCUGAGCCGCCUCGAGGCCCGCGAGGAGCCACAACCGCCCUCCCCGUCUCCGCCGCCUCCCGUCGCGGCUCCCCCGCCCUUCGUGGCUCCUCCGCCACCUGCGGCCCCUCCGCCGCCGGCCCCGCGUCCACCGGUCCCUCGUUCCGCUCGUCCGCCGCGACGGCCGACUCCACUGCUGCGAGAGACAGAACGUCCGCCGCCAGAUGUCGUCCGCUCUACGCUCAGGAAGUUCGAGAGCGCUCCGACGCGCAAGCCGGCACCAGCCGCGCGGGUCUCGGCAGUUCUUCGCGGACUAGAAGGCCCUCGCACCUCUACCCCGGAACCUCGCGAGCUGAAUGAUUGCCGCUCGCCGAGCCCCGUGGCCGCGGACGUAUCCGCUAUAGACGAGACGGAGGGCGCGGCGUUGUCGGCGGAGGCCCGACCGGUGUCCCGCGCCGCGCUCGAAGGCAUCGCCCGCGCCGGCUCCUCGAUGCGGUUCUCAUUUGAGGCGCCCCGGCGAGGCUCGCACCUUCCUCCGCUGGCCGCCGCCAACCCGGUGCUGGUGGGGCGGGCGCGCCGCGUCGGCGUCAUCCGCCCGAUGCCGGCGCCGAGCCGAGGCCGUGCGACUUCCACGCCGACGCCGCCGCCGCUCACGGCAGAGAUCGAAGACAAAGUUGCAGAAUUGUCGCCGAGAAUAACGAGCCCGGCGCCCGAGACAGAGUCCGCGCUGCCCGUGCGGUCCGAACGCCGCGAGCCGCCGCCCUCGGCGCUCGUGGAGCCCAUCAUGCGCUCACCGCCCGGCGACCGUGCCCCAACCCCAACAGAAUCCCCGCUACAUUCCUCUCGAGAACCGACGCCCGAGAUCACUGAGAGAAUCACCGAACCGGAGACGAAGCCGAUGAUGAACGGGCACUCAGAUCGCAAAGCUAAAGUGUCGAGCGUGCACUCUCGGCUCGGCGGCGCGGACAUCGAGCGGGCGUGGAACGGCAGCAGGGAGCACACUCCGGAGAAGCCGGCGUCCCCGUGGGCGCGGCUGGCGAGCGCGCAGCUCGGCAGCGCGGGCAGCCCGCCGGCGCGGCGCGCGCGUGCGCCGGCGCCGGCCGCCACCUCCGUGGUGUUCAACUUCUCCGACCGCAAGGAGGUGCCCGACUACAUCGAGAAUGAUGGGCUCAUUUUGCGGGCGAGCCGGCGGAACAGGAUUAAGCCGGGCGAACCAGGCGUGGUGGUGCUCCGCCCCGAGGCCCUGGCCCAGGGUCCGGAGUCGGACUCCGAGGAGGACAGUGGGCCCCCCUCCCCGUGCGGCGUGCGCUUCGUCAACGACAACAUUCUGAUCAACGGCCGGUCGUCCAUGCCACAGCGGCCCAACAAGGAGCGACAAGCCAAGCUCAAGCUCCAGUUCGACGACUCGCUGACGCGCACGUUCGAGUACCCGUCGGAGACGUCGCUGUGCUCGCCCGACGCGCGCGACCCUGACGCUGCGCACGCGCACGCCGCCCACCUCACCGCCAACACGCAUAUAGUUUCGGCGGCACUGUCGCGGUACACGCCCAGCAAGACCGUGGCGGACGCCUUCCAGCUCGGAGUCACCAGGAGGGAGGCAGAAGCCCCGCCCACAGCGACGCCCGCCAAUGAGAGCGGCGAGCCGCAGCCAGUCGGCGACGCGCGGCCGUGCGGCGCGGACGCGCGCUCCUGGAGCGACGCGCGGGCCAUCAACACCGACCUGCUGUUUUGAGAUAUCACCAUGCCGUAUAAUUCCCCAGACAUAAAUUUUGCAACUGUAAUAUUUACGAUGAAAUAAAUUAUCAUAUUUCAAAUGGACUGUAUGUAUUAGACUGACAUGUACUUAAUACCGGAUUUUAUCGAUGUGGUUCUAGUAGAUGUCAUUUAUAGAGGUUACUAUAAUUUUUAUUGCUACCUCUAUGGUAAGGAGUGGGCAGAGCUGUGAAGGUAAUAAAUAUAGAUAUGACAAAAUCAAUUAAUUUAUUACUCCUUGUAUAGACUGUGGCGACGGAUAUAAUAUGAAAUAUGUCGCAUAAAAAUCUAAAUGUUAUUGCAUCUGAGAUUAAAGACUUUGCACAUAAGAAACAUGCUACUGUAAGGCUUAUUUCUUCUUAUGCUCUGCUCAUAGCACACCUUAAAACUGCUCAACUAUAUUGUUAAUGAAAUGAAGUAGAAACAAGUCAUAGGGUCGUACUUAACCACUAAUUAAUUACAUUUACAGAAAUCUGGGUCUGUGUGUUAUUCAUACUAAUAUUAUAAAUGCGUAAGUUUGUUCUUACAUCUUCACAAUUAAACCACUGAACCGAUCUUGAUGAAAUUUUGCAUACAUAUAGUAUGAAAGACAUGAACUUUUAACGUGAUCGGAGCUGCGGGCCAAAGCUAGUCAUUUAUACAAAUACCUAAGAACAUCAAUGUAUUCACAGAGAGGUAUUCUUGUGAUUCGGAAUGUGUGAGCAGUUCUGGCCUAGACACAUGACUAUACAUAUCCGUAAAAUAUCGCCAUUUUGGUUUUACUCAUGCGCCGAACUGACCCGCUAUAUGUGUGUUUUGCUCUUUACAUGACUUAAGUAUGUGACUGAAUAGCUAUUUAUAAGCGGUAGAUUUAUGAGACAGCACGACUUUGUGAAGUCCGCAUUAUAUAAUAUAUUUUAUGCUACUAGGAAAUAUAUUGUCGACAUUUUAUGACCGUGGGAGAAACAAUGGAUGAAAUUGCAUUGUUUAACAAAAAGAAAAACAUCAUUGAAAGGUACGGUUGCACUGGACAUGACAGAUUCCGAAUUAAUGUAAAAUCUAGCUUGGAGUCAAAUAUUUAUUUGAAGGUAGUUCGCUAAGAACUACUAAUUCUCAUCGAAAAUGAUGAACUGAUAAAAUGUGAUGAAAUAUACUCAUUCCAAGACCAUUCCUAUAUUAUUACAGUGUUCACCGGCAUUUUUGACGUCGAGCAUUUACAAAUUAUGUCAUACUCUUGUAAGAUUUGUAAGUCGAGUAAGGCGCUUCGUGUUUACACGAUUUUAUUGUACGAAGACAUUUUUAGUAUUUAUGUAUUUUAUAUGGUAGUUUUAACGAAAGGACUGACGAAAUUAACUAAAAUCAAAAAUAUUAUGUAUUAACUUAAAGUGCAAUUCCGUACUCUUAGAUUAUCGACUAUCGCAGAAUUAUAAUGCGAUUUUCUUAGUUUGACAGUAGUUGGUUUUCAGUUAAUUUUGACAGAUCUUAAAUUAUGUAAUAACGAGUGCUCUGCUACAAGGCUUUAAUCGUAGCAUGUGUGCUGGAUGGAUGUGCCUUGUCUGGUAUACAGUAGACCCUCGUUAACUCUCCUUUGAGAAGGACCGAAAAAGUUGAGUUCAACUCAGGUUUUAUGGUUUUAAAAAUUGGUUCUUAUCAAGGAAGAAUAUUUACGAGUAUAUGUAUAAUUUGCGCGCGCGAGCUGAGCAUUUAUCGUCACAGCGACGUAAAAAGCUCUUAAAAUGAUCAAUCACGCCUGUGGAUGUCCAUUGAACAAACAAGAUGUACUUUUUUGUUGCAGCCUUGUUUCAUGUACUUGACAAGCAUGUAUGAUCAUUUUUAGAGAUUUCAAGCAGCAUUCAUACCUGACCUGAAAUUAGAUAGUGUUCUGAAGGACUAAAGGUGGGGAAGGAAGCAGGGUGACUAACUUCAAGUCUGUAUGAAUGAAGGUAAAAUUAGCGUAGGUUAGGAGCUGAUUCGGUCCGGCACGCUGUAACAGUGUCAUAUUAUGUAAUUGAAACGCUGCACGCGCACGCAGGGCUCUCAUACAACUACAAGUUCUCAUUUUUCUUAUUCGGAUAUUUGGCACUGUUUGUACUUACUAACACCGUAAAGAAAAGGAAAUAUAUGUCUCACAGUAGUGAUACAGCAUCAUAAAUAUCAAACUGAAAAAUAGUACCGACAUAGAGAAUUAAUAAGACAUGUAUAGUUUGACGUCCAGUAUAGUUUUAAUUCAUAUUACAUAAUGGACAUUUAUUAAAGCCCGAGUAAAGUUUUAUUAAUGUAAGCAUUUUUAAAUUGUUUGAAAAGAUUCAACAGCGGUGCGUGCGCGUGCGCGGCGGCCGCCCGGCCACACUUGCCAAUGCCUAGAUUAAUAUUUUAUGCUAUUUUGACAUAACGGUAAUUUAGUGUUAGAUCAGUAACUGAUUUAUUAUACAAGUAUUUAGAUUUCGUACUGUUUAACAUGGGCGCGGCGAGUCGGUCGGCAAAAUCUACGAAGUCUUUGUCACACUAAAACAAUUGAUUUCGCUUUUAUAACAAUUAAGUAGAUUUAGAAUGUGGUACAAAAUUGACUUUCGUUUUAUUUACCUCCAGUUUUUUAUGUAAAAAUGAUUACCAUCAUCUGAAAUAGAUUUGUGCUCGCUUUCACGGGAUGUAUUUUCCGACUUUUAUAUAGUAUAUUCGAUCAUGUCUAUGGGUUAACUGAUAAGGUGGCCCCUGACCGACUCGCCGACUUCAAAUGACAUGUACCGCGCUGGGAGCCGCAACCGCGCGAUAAGCGUGCUAUUGACAUUAUUAUCUAUAAUAUGUACUGAUGUUAAAUCGCAAUGAAAUAUACACAAAUAUACAAUU